UGGCAUUUUGAUAUCUAUUGUUGCAAGCUCAUCGACAUCAACGACUGAUUACCGUGCAUAAAUAGCUGGGCUCACUAUCUAGGGUACUCACCGCAACGUACAUCCUCGUGAAUCUUGAACCAGAUUUCUCUGACUUGAGCUCUUAAGUUAUUUCGUCAGAGCGAGUUCUUUCUCAUCCACAAGUUUCUUUCAACCCUCUUCCACUGCCAACACCGGCCUCAAGUCGCCGAGGAGUCGCAUCAUGCCUAUUGUGAAUCCCACAGCCACUUCCGUACCGGAGGAACCCAAGGCGUCUGAGUCUCGACCUAUGAGCCGUCUCGAAAUAGGCCUUAUUGUGGGAGUCAGCGUUCUCUUCGUCACGUUGAUCUUUUUCAUCUUCCUCGUCCAAGCCCUGGACCACCGCCGUCGCAAAAAGGUGCUGAGGAGAAUGGCCGAAGAUGCCAGAAACCGUACUCCCGAAGAGGAGAUGUUGUAUCGCCGGCUGGCAUGGCUGCAAGUUGAGCAUGAGUCAAAGUAAUGGCAUGAUACAAGAGAAGGCUGCUAAUGAACAUGUCGACAGGCAUCAUACAAAGCCUGCGUUGCGUAUGGGUGGAUAAAGACAACAACCCAACCGAUCCACCCCCCGAAGUCGUUGAAUUUCACCGGCGCAAGGGCCGCAUCUCGUACCAGAAGCCGCACAUGCCGCAGUCGGAGCCACAGUCCAAGGAAGCGAACUAAUAUCCAUGUCUGAUGCCGGUUGAUUCAAACCUGUGUCAUCCAUCCACCGCAAAAAUGCUAACCGUGGCAAAGCAGUCGACAUGUGACAAGACAUGGAUAUAGGAUGCAAAACGGGCGU